CCCGCCGAGACCCGCUCUUAGAAGACCGCGACAGGAGGAAAGGUCAUGAACACACCCGGGGCUGGACGCGCUGUCCCGGACGGAGCAGCGGGCCCGAGCGCCCCCCGCGGAGCCCGCUCGCAGCCAAUGGGAGCUUGAGGUCCGGGGAUGAUGAGAUGCGGGGCCGAGGCUGGGCCAAUCAGGCUCCAGGAGCGGCCAGGGGGAGGAGAUGGGAGGAGAGGCCGGGGGCGAUGGAGACAGCUACACCAACAGAAGUUUCUCACCUAUUUCGGCGAGGGACGCUCCCGCACCUCUUGCACACCUCCAGCUCCGCGCGGGAGGAGGGCCCCAAGCUCCUUUCUCCACCUCCUUUCAACUGCUCCCUGCAAGUGAGGGGAAGGCUGCUGAGAGCCCCUACCACCGCUGGCCUUCUUUUUAUGUUGUCUCACAGGGAGAGAGGAGGCGAGGGACAACUUGGUUCUGGGGAACUGACCUCUGGCCUGGCGGGCCUCUGGGCAGAGAGGGCAGCAGUGGAGCGGCUGGGGCUGGGGGACUCCAUGCUGGGGCCAUGGACAGAGCGGCGCUCCUGGGACUGUCCCGCCUGUGCGCGCUGUGGGCAGCCCUGCUCGCGCUGUUCCCCUGCGGAGCCCAAGGAAAUUGGAUGUGGUUGGGCAUCGCUUCCUUUGGGGUUCCGGAGAAGCUGGGCUGCGCCAACUUGCCGCUGAACAGCCGCCAGAAGGAGCUGUGCAAGAGGAAACCGUACCUGCUGCCGAGCAUCGGAGAGGGCGCGCGGCUGGGCAUUCAGGAGUGCAGGAGCCAGUUCAGACACGAGAGAUGGAACUGCCUGGUCACCGCCACCGCCCAGCCGGGCACCAGCCCCCUCUUUGGCUACGAGCUGAGCAGCGGCACCAAGGAAACAGCAUUUAUUUAUGCUGUGAUGGCUGCAGGCCUGGUGCAUUCUGUGACCAGGGCAUGCAGUGCAGGCAACAUGACCGAGUGCUCCUGUGACACCACCUUGCAGAAUGGCGGCUCAGCUAGUGAAGGCUGGCACUGGGGGGGCUGCUCCGAUGAUGUCCAGUAUGGCAUGUGGUUCAGCAGAAAGUUCCUAGAUUUCCCCAUCAAAAACACCACAGGAAAAGAAAGCAAAGUUCUGUUAGCGAUGAACCUACACAACAAUGAAGCCGGAAGGCAGGCCGUCGCCAAGCUGAUGUCAGUAGACUGUCGCUGCCACGGAGUGUCCGGCUCCUGCGCUGUGAAAACGUGCUGGAAAACGAUGUCUUCCUUUGAAAAGAUCGGCCAUUUGUUGAAGGACAAAUAUGAAAACAGUAUCCAAAUCUCAGACAAAAUAAAGAGGAAAAUGCGCAGGAGAGAAAAAGAUCAGAGGAAGAUACCCAUCCGCAAAGAUGAUCUGCUCUACCUUAAUAAGUCUCCCAAUUACUGUGUAGAGGACAAGAAACUAGGGAUCCCAGGAACACAGGGCAGAGAAUGCAACCGCACGUCAGAGGGCGCGGACGGCUGCAACCUCCUUUGUUGUGGCCGCGGCUACAACACCCACGUGGUCAGGCACGUGGAGAGGUGCGAGUGCAAGUUCAUCUGGUGCUGCUACGUCCGCUGCAGGAGGUGUGAAAGCAUGACUGACGUCCACACUUGCAAGUAGCCCCUCCAUCCAGCCUUGAGCCCCACUCCUCAGUGACAAACAAGGGACUGCCAUUCCGAGGUGCCUCCCACUGUGCAGGGCUGUGGAAGGCGCCUCCUGCCUCCGAAGUCCCAGACCCUUGGGCCUCCGGCAGCGCUCUCCUUUCCUGACGGAUAUCCAGUCACACACUGAGCAUGUGGAUUUGGGGGGAUACCAACGUUGACAAGGUUUGGGUUCAUUCUUUGGUGGUUUGGAAAUACAUAUGGACCUACCAAGAAGAUAAUCUGUCUCCUAAACAAGAAAGAACAAGAAGGAGCCUUCAUGCGGGGAGACCUGGGCCAUGCUUAGGAUAAGAUCCUUGACUAUGGAAUUCAGUUAUGGAACUCAAUAGCGGUGGGUUUAAUAUUAGACGUUUUUAAAAGGCGCAUCUUAUAGCAGCAAGGAACAGUAAACAUGAUCUCAUUUAUUUUCUCAGUAAUUUGGGUGAAGAAAUCAUACUGUGCAUAGAAACAGACAUUGAAAAGUUAACAGAAGUGGAAGGUGCUUACCUACCUUUUCAUGCAUUUCAAAAGAAGGGCAAUUUAAAAGAAUUUUCAUAACUGAUACAGUAUCCCUAAAAUGUGUUUGCUAGAGAUGUUUAGUGACAAAAGGGAAGAAUCUAAACAUAGAACGUAAAAUGUAUGAUUUGGAUUUUAAGUGCCUUUUAACUAUGAGAGUUUAUCUAGAAAGAUCUCAGUGAGAUAUACAGCAAUCUUUUAUCUUUGGCUUUAUUCUUUAAUUGUAGACCAGUUUCUACUAUUAAAACCCCAGCUCUGAAAUAUCGGAGAAGAGAGGGAUCUCGAAAGCAUGUGGGAAACUUAAAGGUAAAAACAUAAAGGGCUUUCAUACAUUGUAAGGGAAAGCACCCUUUAAACAUGUAAGACAGUAUUUUGUACAGUAUUUUGCUUAAAAAAGUUAUAUAUUUUGUAAAUACAGUAUUUAAGUUAUAUGAUAAUAUGUAUUAAAACUUCAGACAUUAUUGCCAAAGCCCAAGAGUUAAGGCGAUAAAAUUAUCUCAGAAAUAAGAUUAGCUUCUGUUUCUUUUCAUUCUAUUAACUCUGAUUUUUUUUAAACAUUGAAAAAAGUUAAUUGAGCAGUUAUAUGGAUGUGUUUUUCUUGUCAAAAUGACAGUUUUACAUGUUAUAGAUUAAAAUAUGCUGCAAGAUAUUGAGAAUUGUGUUAUUUCAGCAGAUUAGUUAAAUUCUGUUUUUAAUUAGUUCUGUUUAACUUGUAAGGCUAUUAUAAUAAAUUAUGCAGUAAAAGUGUUAACUGGAUAAAAGAAUCUACAUCAAAACAAUGAUCACCUUGUGUAUUUGAUAUCCUGGAUAUUUAUUAUAUUGUAUGUAAUGCUGCAUUUCCAUGUGAAUGUUGAAUGGUCUUUCUAAGUUUAGUAUUCAUGCAUGUAUAUUCAUCAUACUUUACAAGGUUCCUGGUAAAAAUUACAGGGCUGUAUUUAAGGUUGUGUUUUAAUGUAGAUGCUUAUGUUUUUUUAUGAAUUGUUAACUAUUUCAGUAUUCUAUAGGAAAAAACUUCUAAGUUCAGGAAAGACAAAGAAAGAAUAUUCUUUUUCUAAUAAUAAGCCAAGAAAAUGUUUCCUUGCCCAUAACUCUCAUCCUAUUUCCUUUCAAUCUUAUUUCCCAAGGCAGAGCAAUAAUUUGCAAAAAAGAGCAAACCCAUGGAAAAUGUCUCAGGCUUCAUAUUAAAUUCAAGGCUAAACAUUUCAUUGUGACCCUUACAGUUUAACAAAGAAAUAUUAUUUAUAAGUGAAAAUCUCAGAAAUGACAAUUGAAUAAAUAUAGUACUUAUUUAAAAGAGUGGUUUACCAAUCUUUAGCAUCCGCUGAUUAAAAUAACCUGAGAGACUUAUUUUCAUGCCCCCCCUUUUUUGGCACAGUAAAUCUAUUUUAUCUGCAUCAAAAUAAGCACUCUUUUUUUUUAAGGUGAAGAAUAGUUCCCAUUAACAACCAAUUUCUUCUAUCAACUAGACAACUUUUCAUAAUUACCUUACCAACCAAUUGGUAGAAUCAGGCGGCCUCGAAUUCCCAAACGCUAGUAUGCAGCCAUUGCUUGAAGACAGUGAUGCCAACUCAGACUCUCUUCUCUGGGAUGCCUGAGCAGGAUCUCCUAACUCCCAAGCUUUGGCUUCUUCUUUGCGUGUCUUUUUGUGUCUUUGGCUUCUUCUUUUCCUUCUCCUCCCUGGCAUCACUAUGGAAGCCAUUCUUGAAUUUCUCACCAGUUUAACUGAUGGCCAACCUGGACUUGGCUCAUUUUCUUCCCACUCCCUGUCAUGCUGCAGGUAGCACCACGGUGCUCUCGGGAAUACAAUUUGUGGAGCCCAGAUGUUCCUAUUCAAUCUAAGCUAUUUUGCCUGCAUUGUUUAGGGCUCUUCGUGUUGCAAGUAACAGAUGACACAACCCAGACUGACAAAUGUUAAAGGAAAUGCAUUGACUCAGUAACUGAAGAGUCCAGAGCCCAGACUGGUUCCUGUGGAGCUCGAUCUGAAAACUCACACUAUGUUCCCACGGUUCAGGUCUUUCCAGCUCCAGCCUAAACAGGCUGGCUUCUGCAGUGUUGUCUUCUACUUCAGGCCCUACAAGGUGGUGGGGGGACCCUCACCGCCUCAUGCCACCCCAGGGGCCCCAGGCUCUUCUCUUUUCUUAGCUAAAUGGCUGCUACACUCCCUCCAAGCCUCACAUUCUCCUACCACUCAUUCUAAGGAAAGAGAGAGGUUCUUCUUGGUUGCUUCUAUAGGAGAGAUGGAAUUUUUUUUUUUUUUUUCCUUCACAAAAUGACCAACUAAGGUAGUUCUGAGACUCCUUGGCUCUGAUUGGUUAAUAUGUCCAUCCGGGAACCAAUCACAAUGGGCACUGGAGAUUGGGGUUAGGGGAUAAAUACAUUGAUGAUCUUAAGGCAAUCAGAUCCAGUGUGGAAAGUGGCAGUGAGUGAUUCAUUCCGACUAAACUCACGUAGCUUGAGAAAAGGGAGGGAAGAGGUGAAUCCGCGGAGGAAAACCAGGGUGUUAACAUUAAAGGGUACCUGGGUGCUGGGCAGCACAGACAUUAGAUGUCUUCAGCUCCAGUGAUGUGUUUCGAAAACAGCUUUCUGGCAGCACUUGGGUCAGGCUCACAGCCAGACAAAGCCCUGUGACUUAUGUAUAGGGUACAAAGUGCCUUCUUUUGUUUAAAUGCCCUUUAUGAUGUUGAAAGGGGAAAAGGAGAGGGGAGGUGCUCUAGUGUAUUAAUUUUCAACGUAGGAGUUCAACUAUUUUGUAAAUUGGGAAAUGCUUAAUAGAGACAGUGGUAAGAGGCAAUGAUGAUUGUCUGAAAAUGAUAUCAAGAAAAGCAUAUCAAAUGGCAUUAUCUAUAACCUCUAGAUAAAGAAGUUUGCUAAUUAAAAUAUUUCCCUGGUAGUAGUAGCUUGCAAAACAUUAAAAAACGCUUUAAUUUGUUUGGCUAUAAACAACUGCAUUCUUUCCUUAUUCACAAUCUGGAUGAUAGUCGUUUUGUUUUUAAAGAACUAGGAUAGCUAUAGAGUAAAAAUAGAAUCUAAUUAUAUAAGAUGCUACGACCCUGUAUGUUUUUGCAGCUUUGUAAUCAUGUGAUAUUCACAGUAGAGAGUUUAGAAACACACGUUGACUUUCGCAAGCACUGUCAGUACUAGUGUGUCUGGUUUCUACUUGGUUUAAAAUGUGGAACCAGAGAAGCUUCCCAUCAAAAUAUUCAUUUAUAGGCAAUUUGAUGAGCUGUUGGAACUUGUUGCAUUGCGUUGCAUUGCAUUGCAGUGCCCAGACACUGCGGAGUUAAACCAACCAUUUGGAGCCAGUUAGUGAUCCAGAGUACUAUAAUCCACUUAGCUGACUUGAAGGAAGAAAAAUUCAAGUCUGAUCUCCAGGAACCAGGAAUACUCCUCAGGGCAAGCCCUUCUUAAGGAAAGUUGGCUAAGAUGCCUUGAUUUUUUUUUUUUUUAAAUUUCAGUUUCACUAUAGACCAGAUGUGAUAAGUCAUAACAUUUCUCAGAGUAGGAUGAUGAGGUGAGCCGAGAAGGACAAAUGCAUGUGGUGCAGCGUGAAAAGGGGGACGUGGUUGUACACCAGGGACUCAUUUCCUUUGAAAUAGGGAAUAAUAGCAAACACUUAAUUAGCACUUACUGCGUACCAGGCAUUAAGUAACUUCUAUGUAUUAGUCUGUGCCCUUCACCAACAUGUGCUUCACACAGCAUCAAAAUUGUCACACACUGAGUUUGCAGUAUACCAUUUAGAGAGUUUGGGGCCUUUGUAAAUAAAAUGAAAAUUACAGGAUGUUCCUUCAUGGUUUGGCUAUAUAAACUUGAUUGAGGAGCAGUAGUUAGAUGAUGGAAGAACUGAGAGCCUAGAAUUCACCAUGAACUAGAAUGAAAAGACACUGCCUCUUGAUUUCUAAGCUCUAAGUGAUUUAAACUGCCUGCUAUUUUAGAUCCCAGUGUGGGCUAACAGUCGGAUUAUGCAAGAGCCUAACAAUCAUUCCAAAAGGAAAUGACUGGGGGUGAAGAUCAAACUAAUUUAGUGCGACGUUAAAUAAAUACUUACAUCCUUUUUAUUGUUGUGCUUACAGCCAAUUGUUACAUAAGGUGUCAUUUUUAAUACAUGGAUGAAAUUUACCAUUGGUAACGAUUUACAUUCACAUCCAAAGGAAAACCACUAGAGGUGGUUUGCAUGAUUAAAACCUCUUGAAACAAAAUCAGGAUUGAAAAAGCAGCCUCUCCCACUGAUUGUAAAGGGAAAGUAAUAAUAAAUGUGGACCAAGUCAACACAAACUGCAGUUUCG